AUGUUGAGUUACUUUUUGUCUGCUGUCUAGUUUUCGUUGUUGUAUUGUGUCUCUCUGCGGGAAGGUAUGGCUUCCGAGCUCUGCAUCGAAAGGAACGAUUCCAAAUGGGAGAUUAGAGAUUCACCGGCGAAGAAGCAACGGUGCGAGGGUUACGCUUCCCCACCACCUCCACCAUCACCAUCAGCGCUUUGUUCAUCAGCAGAAGAAGAAAAAGAAGACCCUAGAUCUAAAAUCGUAUUCUAUAACUACGAUGAUGAUUCAGAUGUGGAAGAUGAUAGUGAUGGAAUGCAUGAGUUUACUAAUAAGGAAUUCCAAGAGUAUGAUAGACAGUUAACCCAAAGUGAUGGCUUUGAUGUCAUGCACUUCCCACGCUCGUUUGGGUUUGGUGGAACAUCGCCGGUUUUUAACCUGGAUGAGAUUGCCGACGAUCUCAAAACUUUUGCGGAAUUAGCGCUUAAGCAAUACAAUGACAAAGAGUUUAAGAAUCUGGAGUUUGGGAAGGUUAUGAAGGCAAACUGGGGUUUAUGUGUAGGGUUUAAGUAUUAUAUUACCUUUGAUGUUAAGGAUGUUGAUGUUGUUGAUGGUGGUACUAUGGAAUUUGAAGCUUGUGUUUGGGAUGGGAUCGGCCAUACUGACAGUUUUGUCGAGUUACCUCCCUUUGUGCUGCAUUUCAAUGAGUUGUGGCAAGUUGCCCUCUACUCAUCUAGCAAGAUUGGAAAGUGGGACGAAAUAUCGGAGUUUGAAAUUAUGUUCAUAGGGGAGGAAAUACGCCAAGGAUGA